GGCAAAUGUUUCUGUAAAAAGCUAGAUAGUACAUAUUUCAGGCUUUGCAAGCCAUAUGGUCUCUGUCCUAACUACUCUCCUCCUUCAUUGUAUCACAAAAACAGCCAUAAACAAUACAGAAAUGAGUAGGAGUGGCUAAGUUCCAAUACCACUUUAUUUAUGGUCACUGAAAUUUGAAUUUCAUAUAACUUUCACAUGCCACAAAAUAUUCUUCUUCUUUUGAUUUUCUCAACCAUUAGAAAAUGUGAAAAUGUAAAAUAUAAACACCAUUAUGAACCUGCAGGCUGUUGCAAAACAGGUAAUGGGCCACGGGCCUCAGUUUGCUGAUUCUGCUCUGGUCUAAUGCAUGUCUCAAAGUGCUAAGUCACUCUGAAAGUCAGUUAGAUUCUGGCAGGAUUGUACUCACUUAAAAUGAAAACAGGUAAACACAAAAUAGCCAGAAUGGCGACACUAUUCCUAUCCCUACUAUUCCUAUUCCUAUCCCGUAUUUACUCCUUCCCAUACCCAAAUUUCACUGUAUUCUUUGCAUGUUUUAUUCUUCCUCUAGGCUGUUUGGUUGGGGCUGAAUGUUUUCCUCUUUGUGGAUGCUUUCCUGAAAUAUGAGAAGGCCGACAAGUACUACUACACAAGAGAAAUCCUUGGGUCAACAUUGGCCUGUGCCCGAGCCUCUGCUCUCUGCUUGAAUUUUAACAGCAUGUUGAUCCUGCUUCCUGUGUGUCGCAAUCUGCUGUCCUUCCUGAGGGGCACCUGCUCAUCUUGCAGCCGCACACUGAGAAAGCAAUUGGAUCACAAUCUCACCUUCCACAAGCUGGUGGCCUAUAUGAUCUGCCUACAUACAGCUAUUCACAUCAUUGCACACCUGUUUAACUUUGACCGCUAUAGCAGAAGCCGACAGGCCACAGAUGGCUCCCUUGCCUCCAUUCUCUCCAGCCUAUCUCAUGAUAAGAAAAAGGGGAGUUCUUGGCUAAAUCCCAUCCAGUCCCCAAACAUGACAGUGGAGUAUGUGACAUUCACCAGCAUUGCUGGUCUCACCGGAGUGAUCAUGACAAUAGCCUUGAUUCUCAUUGUAACUUCAGCUACUGAGUUCAUCCGGAAGAGUUAUUUUGAGGUCUUCUGGUAUACUCACCACCUUUUUAUCUUCUAUAUCCUUGGUUUAGGGAUUCACGGCAUUGGUGGAAUUGUCCGGGGUCAAACAGAGAAGAGCAUGAAUGAGAGUCAUCCUUGCAAGUGUGCAGAGUCUUUUGAGAUGUGGGAUGAUCAUGACUCCCACUGUAGGCGCCCUGACUUUGAAGGGCACCCCCCUGAGUCUUGGAAGUGGAUCCUUGCACCAGUCAUUCUUUACAUCUGUGAAAGAAUCCUCCGGUUUUAUCGCUCCCAGCAGAAGGUCGUGAUUACCAAGGUUGUCAUGCACCCAUCCAAAGUUGUAGAACUGCAGAUGAACAAGCGUGGCUUCAGCAUGGAAGUGGGACAGUAUAUCUUUGUUAAUUGCCCCUCAAUCUCUCUCUUGGAAUGGCAUCCUUUUACAUUGACCUCUGCUCCAGAGGAAGAUUUCUUCUCCAUUCAUAUCCGAGCAGCAGGGGACUGGACAGAAAAUCUCAUAAGGGCUUUUGAACAACAAUAUCCAACAAUUCCCAGGAUUGAAGUGGAUGGUCCCUUUGGCACAGCCAGUGAGGAUGUUUUCCAGUAUGAAGUGGCUGUGCUGGUUGGAGCAGGAAUUGGGGUCACCCCCUUUGCUUCUAUCUUGAAAUCCAUCUGGUACAAAUUCCAGUGUGCAGACCACAACCUCAAAACAAAAAAGAUCUAUUUCUACUGGAUCUGCAGGGAGACAGGUGCCUUUUCCUGGUUCAACGACCUGUUGACUUCCCUGGAACAGGAGAUGGAAGAAUUAGGCAAAGUGGGUUUUCUAAACUACCGUCUCUUCCUCACUGGAUGGGACAGCAAUAUUGUUGGUCAUGCAGCAUUAAACUUUGACAAGGCCACUGACAUCCUGACAGGUCUGAAACAGAAAACCUCCUUUGGGAGACCAAUGUGGGACAAUGAGUUUUCUAAAAUAGCUACCUCCCACCCCAAGUCUGUAGUGGGAGUUUUCUUAUGUGGCCCUCAGACUUUGGCAAAGAGCCUGCGCAAAUGCUGUCACCGAUAUUCCAGUCUAGAUCCUAGGAAGGUUCAAUUCUACUUCAACAAAGAAAAUUUUUGAAUUAUAGGUAUAAGGAUGGUAAUCUGCCUUGUCUCUCCUUUGUAUCUUCAAUAACUUGGUCUGGUCAGGUUUGAGCAGUCACUUUAAGAAUGUGCCUCUCAAGCCUUGACUCCCUGGCAUUCUUUUUUUUGACUGCAUUCAACUUUGUUACUUAAGCUUCAGCAACUUAAAAACUUCUGAAGUUCUUAAAGCCCAUGGAUCCUUUCUUGGGAAAAUAGCUGUACUUCUGGACAGCCAUGACUGUAACAAGGCUUGAUAGCAGAGCUUUGGUGGUUGAGAGUUAUACAAUCAAUCCCAGGCAAUUUUAUCAAUUCCAAACGUUACUAUCUCCUGAAUUUUGGUUUGUAAUCUCUUGCCCCUCCCACCCCCACAGAAGAUUUCUAAGUAGGGUGACUUUUUAAAUAAAAAUUUAUUGAAUAAUUAAUGAUAAAACAUAACAAUAAACAUAAAUAAUAAACAAAAUUACCAAGAACCCCUUCCCCAUAUAACACCAACAGUGUACAUUUUUACUGUUACUUUCGAUAUGGUAUUAUCCAGUGUGAACAGCAAUUUAUUCUUAUUUUUGCUUGUCAAAAAAUAAAGGAUUUUCUUCUUUGCUUGA